UCUAGAGUAUAUGUAUCGUACACAAACAUUUAGACAUCAAGUCAAAGGUGAUGUUUGCGGCUAAUUAACGACUUCCAUCUUCCUCUGUCGUGGCCCUGCCCUCUUUACAAGGAAGUAACCACCUUUGAUACCUUCCCCCCAGUAUGUAACUGGCUUUGAUCUUGAGACACAGGGAGGAGAGUUGUUAUUGAUUCUUGUUACACUGUCUGUGAUUGGUAGAUUGUCCUGUGUUUCUCUCCGAUACUAACAAAGGCCACUCAUAAGGAGCCCAGAGUUUUAAUACUUUGCCACUCGUGGGCAUUUUCUUCUUUAUAAGGAAUGGUUUUCUUAAAUUCUUUAAAGGAACUAUCAGUCAGCCUGGAUAAUAAAGGAGGCAACAUUCCACUCCGAGUGGAACUCCCUCCUCAGAAGAUGGACACAGAGAACUCCAAAGUUCUGGAGCUGGAACAGGACUUGGAGAAACCUCCUCUUAAUAUUGAGGAGUUUGAAUGCGGUGUCCAUUUUGAGGGUCUGGAGAAGAAUAAACAGGAGUGGUCCUUUACCUUGUAUGAUUUUGAUGGACACGGAAAAAUCACCAGAGAGGAUUUGUCCAGUUUAUUAAAAGCUUUAUAUGACGCUGUGGGUUCUUCCAUCAAAAUUCCUUCCAAUGGAACAAAAACUCUGAAACUUAGGCUCACUGUGGGACAGGACAACACACAGCUGUCAGAAAACAAGACCCCUACCAAGGGCAAAAAGGACAAAGUCAAGGACAGUGAUAAGGUCAAGGACACUCCCAAAUCAAAAGAAUUUGCAAAACUGAACAAUAAUCUUACUGCCACUCAUGUUCAACUGCCUGCAAAACAGUGCAAUAGUGACUUACAGGAGAGGGUGAAAGGACAAUGUCAAAAUUCCUGUCAGGUCAAAGGUCAUAACCCCUGUACAGCUCAUGGUCAAGAUAAUGUGUGUUCUGGAUCCAAAAGGAUUCAACUGACAUCACAAGAAAGACAACAGCUAGUGGAAUUGGUUCAGGAAAACAUGGAAAGAAACCAUGUGAAGCAGUUAAGAAGACACCACAGUGAUUGUCGAGGAAUCACGACUCAUGAUCACUCUCACCACAAGCGGCGCCACCGGGUCCACUGCUCCAAUCAGACGAGCUGUAACAAUCAAACCAGCAACAACACCACCGCCACCAAUAACAUACAGGAGGAGAGAGCAAAGGAAAGCCAAGACAGGCGAAACUACUACCUCGACUUAGCCGGGAUUGAGCACAACGCGCAAACCCAGUCCACGCAAAACCUCAACAACAGUACGGGACAAUCAGCUAGGAUCGGAGACAGUUUAGUUUCCCCGCGAUCUAAAAGUCAGGAUACCAAGAAAUGUGAUAACAUCCAGCGAGAAUCGCAGAGAAUCAAACAACAGCAUUUAGACAGUGCUAAGACAGAACAUUCGAGGUCAAGGUCAUUUGAUCCCCAGGAAACAGAGACAAGGUCACCCAAAGGGCAUCACAAAGGGUCACCGCACAAACAUGGACGAUUUCGGCCAGUGAGCUUGCCCAUGCACGUUCCUGAUUCAAUGUCCCACUACCACAGGCGACAUCGUCAUAGAGACAAAGAUCAUGACCUGGCCAUGCAGCAAGUGGCGGAGUGGAUUGAACGCGAACAUGCGUGUGAUGUGGAUGGGGACAAAAUAGUGGUUCAGAAGCAUGAACAUCAUCACAUUCACGAACAUCACCAUCAUCAUCACUAUCAUCAUUAUUACGAAGCAUGAAAGGUCAAAGGUCAUUGGAAUCCAUUAUUAUUGUUGAAUCUUUUCUAGAGUUUAAUUUAAGAAUUGUCAGAUUUGUUGUUAUCUCUUUUUUUUCUUUCAUUUUAAGGAAACACAUUUUUUCUGUUGAUUGUAUAGCCCUUUCGUAAUGCUCAGAGUCGGGGGGAAUAUACUCCAUUACCUGGCCAAUUGAAUUGUAACUGUUCAUUUAUUUUUUUGUGAUAAACAAUUUUUUCCUUGUCUAUUUUUCAGUGUAAAUAAAUAAUAAAUGUGUAAAAAAUACUCAGUCUGUCAUGUAUGUUAGUUAAAUGUAUACAUUUUCCUUGUCAUGAGGAAUUCAUGUCUGCUUCAUUGUAUUGUAUGCUCAUUUUUUUUCAGGUUUAAUAAUCAUCAAACAUUCAUAUUAUAGUAUCAAAAAAGGCAUUUGCAAAUCACUUUUAUUUCAUUUAAAUUAUUUGAAUGCAUGUAUAUAUUAUACAUGUUUUGAGUUCAGCAAGUAUUCAAUUAAAACAAAAAUGGCUGUAGGGUUUGUACUAUUUGAAACCCUGUUAUUUAAAUUUUUUUGGAAACAAUCAGAUCUGUUUGAGAUAGACAGCAGUGUGUGUAUCUGUGAAAUGUAUUGAAUGUCUGCAUAUGCGUGAAUGAUAUAGAAUGAAAAAAUACCUGAUUUCUGAUAGAAAUAUUUAUUCUCCCAUAAAGUUGCUAAAAUUAAUAUUCUUAUCUACGUUCUGUGUCUGGUUUUAGAUAAAAGAUUCACUGUUUCAAAGGUUUUACCUUUAAUAUUUUUUUCUUCUGAUUUUUCAUUGAGUAUGAGGUUUGCAAUAUUUAUUUCCUGGAUAUAGCCAGACUGAACUGUUUUCCCCCUGAAAUAAAUGAUUUUGAUGAAA